AUGAAGAAUAUAGACUCAAGACUGUAUGAUAUAACCGUCGUAUCACCAAGGAACUACUUCACUUUCACGCCUUUACUACCAAAGAUAUCCUCAGGAAUGGUCAGUGGUGGAACAUGUGCGGAACCCAUGCCGGCAUAUAUCAACAAUAGAUUUAAAGGGAACGCCAAAUUCAUACACGCGACGUGCACUGAUGUUGAUCCCGAAUCUCAUGUAAUAUACUGUGCUCCAGUUGGCGGACAAGGCCCAUCAUUUUCUGUUCCAUACGACUAUUUAGUUGUUGCCGUUGGCACAAAAACCAAUAGUUUUGGAAUACCAGGAGUUGAGGAGUAUGCCUACUUUUUAAAGGAAAUGGAACAUGCUGAAACUGUCUUUAAUAAAAUCCUAGACAACUUCAGGAAGGCCAGCAUGCCAUAUGUGACUGAUGAAGAAAAACGUAAUCUGCUACACUUUGUAGUAGUAGGUGGUGGUCCAACAGGCGUAGAAUCGGCAGGUGAAAUGGCCUUAUUAUUUAACAAAUACGCUAAAGAUAGCUUUCCCGAGUUAAUGCCAUUUGUGCAGGUAUCCAUAGUUGAAGGUGGUUCAAAGCUUUUACCUUCAUUCUCUUUGAAAAACUCUGCUUAUGUUGCAAAACAUUUUGGUAAAAGUAAUAUAAAUAUGAUAUUUGGAAAAACGGUUUGUGAAGUACGCCGUGAUGCCUGUAUGGUCAAGGAUACCAAAUCUGACCAUAUUGAAGAAGUAAAGUGUGGAAUGGUUUUAUGGGCAAGUGGUCUAAAGGAAAUAGAGCUAGUUUCUGUCUUGCGGAAGAAAUGGAAAGAACAGACAAAUCCCAGGGCAUUACUUGUUGAUCAAUAUUUGAAACUAUAUGGAUCUGAGAACAUCUUUGCACUUGGAGAUUGCUGCAAAGUUUCUCCAAGUAGGCUCCCCGAUAACUAUGACUAUAUAGUAGAGCAGAUAGGUGCCAACAGUGUAGAUACACUCAUACGUCAUCGAAAAAGACUUUCACUAACAUUUCCACAACUAAAUGAUUCAAAAUGGAACUACAAGGACAAGGAAUUUAAAGAAUUCGUUAACGACGUGAAAUCGGAGUACGGCAGUCAUUCAAAGGAGGGGUUUAUUAAAAUUCUUGAUAAAAUUGACACUAAAUAUGUUCCUCCAUUUCCAACUGCACAAAAUGCAAAACAACAAGGUAUUUACUUGGCAAAAGCUUUUAACACUGGGUCAAUAUCGGAUAAAAAUAAAAAGGCCUUUUGUGAAAAGUGGCUAGGUUCUAUAGCGUCACUGGGGGGAUUGUCUGUUGUUGCCCAUCUUCCACUCUUAACACUCAACGGAGGAUUAAUCGCAUUUUUUAUGUGGAACUUUGUCUACAUGAUAAUGUUUUCCAGUAACAAAAUGCGAUUAAGGUUCAUAUUUGAUUUAAUUAUGAAUAGACUGUGUAGAAGACAAUUAAUUUCAAAAGGUCCAAAGUAG